AUGCCUUGUGAAAGAAUCGAUAUUGAGGCGCAUCAAGAGACUGAUGACGUUUUAUUUAUUUCUCAAGAAUAUCGUGGGACCUUUGGUCAUCGAAGGCGUCUCUCAUCUUGCACAAUUGGAGAUGAGGAUACCAGCAGUCACUCAGAUACCUCAGCCCAUCCUCUCAAACAGGGUGAACUCGAGCUCAAGGCAAAGCUGGAGGUUUGUUAUGCUGGACAAGGGAACCGUCGGAAGCAAGAUGAAGAAUCUCUUGCUCGUAUUGACCCCAGCGAAGUCUCACGGAGAGAAUAUAGAAUUUCCAACGAGAUACUCCGCAACAGAUGGCGAGGAACUACCGCCAAAGGAGGCUCAUGGAACCCCUUUUCAGCCAGUCACUAUAUCGACCUGGAGUCUGAGCGGCCCAACGAAGAAGAUCGAAGCCACGGUCAGCAGUACACGAUAUUUGACUCUUGUUCCGGUGCUGGCGGAGUAUCGCGAGGAGCCCUUAUGGCUGGUUUCAAAGUCCGAUAUGCGUUGGAUAAAGCACCAGAGGUUUGGGAUACCUACCAAGCAAAUUUCCCUGAAACCGAACUAUUCAAGAUGUCCCUUGACCAGUUUCUAUCUAGUGCGCAGACGAUCCAUAUGCGAGUUGAUGUUCUACAUUUUUCUCCGCCAUGUCAAUUCUUUUCGCCAGCACACACGCACGCAUCAGAACAUGAUGAUGCAAAUAUUUUUGCGUUAUAUGGCUGCAAUCAACUCCUCAAGAAGCUGCGCCCCCGUAUUAUCACUGUGGAACAAACAUUCGGGCUCACGCAUGACCGGCACGAGGAGUACUUCAAUGGCUUCCUCGGAGACUUCACACAGCAUGGCUACUCCAUACGCUGGAAAGUCAUAAGGCUUUGCACAUGGGGAGCUGCUCAAGACCGGAGACGCCUAAUCAUAAUUGCCGCCGCACCUGGAGAGAGACUUCCGACCUUCCCCAAGGCUACACACAGUCAGGAUGGCGGCAACGGAUUGCUGCCCUACAAUAGCAUCGGAAAGGCGCUAAGGGGCAUCCGCGCUGGAGACGAUCUUCAUGACCUUGACGAUGUCCAGUAUUUUGAUCCACCACGGGUGCCAUAUGACCCAGAACGCCUGGCAGGGACUAUCACCACUGGCGGAAGUUACUUCUACUACCCUGACGGCUCACGAAAGCUCACUCUCAGAGAGCAUGCAAGCUUGCAGGGAUUUCCCAAGUCACAUCAGUUCUUCGGUACUAAAACAUCCAUCAAACGGCAAAUUGGAAACGCAUUUCCCCCAAACACGGUCCGUGUUCUCUACAAGCACUUAGAACAAUGGCUCUUGAACGAAGACCGCAUGAAGCCAUUCAACAACAACCAGGACGCCAUCCUCAUUGAGGAUGAUUCCGACACAACAGCCAAUCUUACAGAUAAUUCUGAGGAUAGGUCACGCCACUCUCUGGAUAUGAUGGACCGAAAUAUUUUUGAGACUUUCGAUAUGCCGCAACAUCGACGCGGCAGAGACCCUUGGGCAGUCGAGGACAUGGUGAUUGACUUGACCUAG